CAUACAGUAGAUAGUGGAUUUCGGGAGAGAGAGAACAUUUUAGCAGGGGACUAAUAUUUUACUCUGAUUCUAGAAAAAGGAGUAUUUUUAUCUAUUUAUUUUUGUUUCGUUUUUUGCUGUUUUUAAGGUCCAUUUAAAUUUGCAGAAUAUCAGCGCUAUAAAUUUCUUCCAAUAAAGUCAAACGGGCCAUAGUGUCAUUUUUGGGGCGCGGUGGGGGCCAGAAGCUCCUCUCAGUCUAUCCUCUCUGAGGUCCCCGCUGUAAAUAUCUGGGAACCUUUGAACCACUCCCCAUUCCUGUCUUCAGCUGAUCCACUAUGGCCACGUCUCCCCUCAAAGACUUCCUCGUUGCCCAUUUAAUGCCGGAAAAAUGCUAUACGGAGUUUUUCGUCAACUUUCACCUACACGUGCCGUGCAUAAAGUUUGUACUAAACAGGAUUGCCGGAUUUUCGAUCAUACUGGACACAUUUCUGGCACAGCUGCUCCAGCUACUGAAGAUACUAUGGAGACAAAGUGUAGAAGGCUUGUGUCUGUCCUCUGUCCUUUUGCAGCUUUAUGCUUUCUCAUGUCCUGUUGUGUAUGCCAUGGCCAACAACUUCCCACUUUUUGCCUGGGCUGAGAGACUCUUCAUAUUGGCCCAAACAGCAGCAAUAGCCUUCCUCACCCUGCAUUACCAUGGACAAACCCUUACAGGAAUCCUGCUCCUCUUGGGUGUCGGCGGCGUAACAUACCUCCUCGGCUCCUUUGCAGCGGCGUCAGUCGUUUCACUGAUGCAAGCCUCCAGUUUGGCAGCUUUAAUUGCAAGCAAGGUACUCCAGAGCUUAACUAACUACCGCAAUGGCCACGCAGGUCAGCUGUCCACUCUGUCAGUGUUCCUGUCAUGGGCAGGGUCUCUGAGUGUUCUCUAUGUCUCUCUACAGGACACAGGAAGCUUCUUUUCUAUUCUGUCACACGUGCUGUCGACCUGUCUCAGUUGUGUCCUGCUGGCCCAGGUCCUCCGCUCCAGAAGUAGCACUGACACUACUGCAAAGAAGAGGGCGUAGAAGUGACAGUGACAAAAUCAACGCUCACAUCAUGUGCACGUCAAGUCCAUAUGAUGACGUCAAGUGAAAAGUAGCCCAAACCUUAUGUUUACAAGGUCUUUUUCACUACUGUGACUGAUCCAAUCUGUAAAGAUUUGCUUUACAACAAGUCAUGUGCUGUUUGUUUGGAAAAGGGGAUAAGGGAAUAAAAGGUCUUUUGUUGCCCUCUA